CGCCUCCCGCUUCCGACGCCGGUGCCGUCCUCGGCGAGAAGGCGACCGUCUCCCUCGCGCCGUCCUCUUCGCCGGCAAUGGCGUCCCAGCCACCGCCUCGAGCCCAAGAAGACGAUCUUGGGCGCUACCUCCACUCGCCUCCCGCUUCCGACGCCGGUGCCGUCCUCGGCGAGAAGGCGACCGUCUCCCUCGCGCCGACCCUUUCGCCGGCGAUGGCGUCCCAGACACCGCCUCAAGCCCAAGAAGGCGAUCUUGAGGGCUUCGUCCCGUCGUCCCCCUCCUCCUCGUCUGCCUCCGGGGCCGACUCCGAGCACCGCCGCGCGGUGGACGACCUGCUCGUCCUCUACUCGUCCGACUCCGACGACCAGCUGCUCCUCCUCUACUCAUCUGACUCCGACGACCAGCUGCUCCUCCUCUACUCAUCUGACUCCGACGACGAGCCAACCCGUACAGCCAGCACCACACCGCCGCCCCCUAAACCAUCCCCAUCUCCUCUGCCAUUGCCUUCGCCGUCACCAAUGAGAUUGACAGCCGCCUCCGCCUCCAUCGAAAAGCUCCUGGACGGCUCCGAAGCGAUCCUUUCAACUGGAAAUACAGAAGUAGAAGUUGCUGGGGUGAUCGAAGAAACACGCAGUGAAGUUCAUUUCCUCAAGAUUGAUGGUUACCGCACCAUCCGAGAGCUACUAUAUUGCUCUGAUUACUGGAUCGAAUCCAGGUGGAAGGUUGGUGGCUUUGAGUGGGGAGUGGAAAUCAACGUGUCAACAUUUGUGGAGUUCAGGCUCAUCUUUCUCAGCCAAGGAUGCAGUACGACCAACGUGGAAGCUACUCUGAGCUGUCGUCUGGUUGAUCCGAGGGGCAUCGCUGAGCCGUCCGAACAGAAAUGUUCAUCGGGUACGUUCAAUCGCCACCCAAAUGGCCCUCCUCGUUGGGCUGGUGAUUGGUCGAAACUACGCUUCAUUCUUGUGUCAUCACAAGAACUGGAAGCCUCUGCCUAUCUUAAGGACGAUUCCUUCACGGUAGAAUGCACCUUGUCUGUGUUGAACAUCGCGCAACCAGCUGACCUAUCAUCAUCAGUGCCGGACUCCUUAGGCCAGCACCUCGCCGAGCUCCUGCAGAGUGGGAUGGAGGCUGAUGUUGAGUUUGUUGUGGCUGGGCAGUCCUUCCUUGCUCACAAGGACAUAGUAGCAGCAAGGUCUCCGGUAUUCAUGGCAGCGUUCUUCGGGCAGAUGAGGGAGGCGAACUCUCGGACUGUCGUGAUCGAGGACAUGGAAGCUGCAGCAUUCGAGGCCAUGAUGCACUUCAUUUACACAGACACGGUGCCUGAACUUGAUUCUCAGGACGAAGCGGCGACCACAAUGGCCCAACAUCUUCUUGUAGCUGGCGACAGGUACGGAAUGGAUAGGCUGAAGCUGCUUUGCGAGAACAAGUUGUUUAGUUGCAUCACGGCAGAGAAUGCAAGGACAACAUUGGCCUUAGCUGAGCAACACAAUUGCAGACGGCUCAGGGCCAAGAUCCAGUUAAUGUUGCGCACGCUCCCACGGUAG